AGAAUGGCUCCAUACACUGCUAGCAGCAUGCUCAGUACUGAGCACAGUCACAAGGCACAAGGAAUAAGAAAGAUAAGAAAACCAGUGGUUGAAAAGAUGAGGAGAGAUCGAAUUAACAGCAGCAUUGAGCAGCUCAGGAUGUUACUGGAGAAAGAGUUUGAGCAACAUCAUCUCCCAUCCAAACCAGAGAAAGCUGACAUCCUGGAGGUGGCAGUGAGCUUCCUGCAGCAGCAAAUGGCUUCCAAAUAUGCACAAUCAUCCAGCCCAGCCUACAUGGAAGGCCACUCUAGAUGUCUCCAGGACUCUCAACACUUCUUCUCCCUGCAGAAACACUCAGAGCUCCCAGAGAAGCUUCUGCAAAAUUUCCAUGAUGAUGUGACAGCGUGUCCUUCUGUGUCACCUUUUUACCAGAAUCCUGCCAAGUGCACAACCCCUGAGGCCAACAAAGUUCUCUGGAGACCCUGGUAGACAUUAAAUAGACUAUGGUUUCUGAUGCAGCAUCAGCUCUUCUGGGCAUUAGACAAUUGCAAUGGGACUAAUUAAGCCUUUUAAUGAAAAAAGGUAAUGGUUGCUAUUUAUAAGCUGGUUGUAAUCAAAGUGUCCUAUGUAAUAGAUUAUAGGGCUGUUUAUCCAGUAAGAUAUUUCCUACAGAAAAACAAAUGCUGCCUUCUGAGAAGGAAAUUGUGUUCUGUUAAAUAUUUCAUGUAUAUUACAAUGUAAUUGGUAUCAAUUUCAUCAGUUCAUUAUAUGGUAUGGAGGGGACAGUAGCUCUCUAUUCCAUUAGUAUUUAUGUAUCAUACUGUUAUGAUUUGGAUUCUUUUUAUUCUUCUUUGAAAUUAGGGACAAUUACUCCUUAUAAUGCUUGAAUAAUUCUGUUGCAAGUGCAGGAUUAUUAGGUUUGGUAUAUAAUAGUUAUGUUAUAUGUGUAGCAUAUCUGUUACAAGAUGAUGUCAUUAUUAUUAUUAUUAUGUAAUACAAUACCAUUGCAGGUAUAGAAGUGUACACUGUGUGUAACAUAAGAAACCUGUAUCCUCUGUGAGGAUUACACAAUAAUGCAUUCAAUAUAUGGAUGUAUAGUGUGAUUUAAUAAGUAAUGUUGGUAGUGAUGCAUUAGGGCCUAAUGAUGAAUUGGCUCUGUAUGUUUGCUGAAUAUCUGUGCUUGUAGUAUGUGUAAAAGCAAAAGUUCUCUGGUAUGCAGUAUCUGCAGGAUGCAUCUGACACUAACUGUAACUAAUGAAUGUCACUCUCAUGACACAGAAUAUAAAUCUGUUUUCCAUAAUGGAAGUUUGUAUAAAUGCACUUCAAUAAAAGGCCUGUAUUAAUCA